AUGACAGUCACCCUCAUGCUUCGAUCCGUCGGUGCCGUCAUCUUCGGCAUACUCGCGAACCGAUACGGGCGGAAGUGGCCCAUGAUUAUCGACUUAUGUCUGUUUAUUAUUUUGGAGCUUUGCGCGGGGUCUUGUAAUACCCUACCUCAGUUUCUGGGUGUUCGGUCUCUGUACGGGAUUGCCAUGGGAGGACUCUUUGGCCCUGCUGCUGCUACCGCUCUUGAAGACUUACCAUAUGAAGCGCGCGGUCUUCUCUCGGGCCUCUUUGAGAUGGGAUAUGCAACGGGUCAUCUGCUCGCUGCGGCAUUCUACCGGGCGCUUGUCCCCACCACGUCGCACGGCUGGAGAAGUCCACCUGUAUUGAUCAUUGCCUUUCGAUGGUUUUUGCCGGAGACAAAUCAUUACCAGGUAAUGAAAGCAGAACGCGAGGCGCGUGCCAACGCAGCAGGAGACAACCACGAACAUUCAAAGGGCCUUCGGGUCUUUAUCCGUGACGCUGGGCGCGCUCUUCGUGACAACUGGGUCCUUUUUGUCUAUCUGGUCGUGCUGAUGAGGGGGUUCAAUUCCUGCUCCCAUGGUAGCCAGGACUUCUACCCGACCUUCCUGAAGGACCAGGUUGGAAUGGAUGCAACGGACACCACGGUCAUCACGGUCGUGGGGUCAAAUCGGUGCUCUAAUAGGAGGCUGCUCAGUCGGAUAUAUCAGCACUUUUCUUGGUCGGCGGUUGACCAUGCUGGUAUCGUGCGUCCUUGGCGGAGCUAUAAUCCCGGCUUCUUUGUCGGUGGUGUCUGGGGUCCGAUGCCCAUUCAUCUGCUUGACCUGUCGCCCAUCGCACUUCGCUCUUUGAUGGUCGGGUUGACCUAUCAACUGGGCAAUCUGGGAUCUUCUGCUUCUGCUACCAUCCAAUCCAUUAUUGGGGAACGAUUUCCGCUGCCACCGGGACCCGAUGGAAAGAAGCGCUUUAACUAUGGAAAGGUCAUUGCUAUUUUCAUGGGUGCAGUGUGGGCAUUUCUUCUGUUCUUCCUUUUCUGGGGUCCCGAGAUGUCGCAGGAAGAGCGUGAUGAAGAAGCCGAGGCAGCGAAGAACCUGGAGAGACUGCGGGUUGAGGGGGUUAGUUUGGCGGAUAUUGGACAGCAGCAGUUCAAAGGGAAGGAGAUGGAAGAUCGCGAUGAAGAAAAGGCCGAGACUGUACACAUUGAGGGCAGAGUGUAG